UUCGAACUGUCCGCCAUUCCAAGCACGCGGGCAACGCGGGUGCGCGGGCAGUUGCUGUGGCCUCCUGGUCCGACGGCGGAAAGCUGUUUCCAUCACCCUUCCUUCCUUGGCCCAGGUGCGGAUCAUCAAGCCUGACCCAGUUAGGUUGAUUGGCAUGUCAGUAGUAAGGGCUAUUUUUCGGCCAGCCAUGUGCGUCGACGGCCGAGGAGCUGAAGCGGUCGUCACCCUAGAAGUUGCAGCGGUCGUUCGCCCUAGAAGUUUCAGCGGUCGUCGCUCUAGAAGUUUCAGCGGUCGUUUUGCUGAGAGUCCGUCGACGCCACGUGGCGUGCAACCGCGUGUUACUGUGAAUAGCAUCCCGGCGUGUGUUUUUUGACAUCUUCCCGCUUGUGGAGCUCAAUCUUGUAAGUGUGCGAGAGCUGCUUUCGUCAGAGCGCGUCAAUUUUGGGCCCGAUCUGACACGUGGCACGUAGUUUGAUUAGACCGGAUCGGGUCGGAUUAAUUAAGGAAAUGGGAACGAAGAAGAGGAAGACGCCCGCGUCGACGGUGGAGGCCGAGCCGGCGAUAGCGGCGGCGGCGGCGCCCGAUGCCGGGCCGACGAAGCAGAAACAGAAGAAGAAGAAACAAGACGCGUCAAAACGGCAGGAAGAUGUGCCGGCUAAGCAGCAGGUGAAGCCGACGCUAAGAGCAGUGGAGGGUGAAAGGCGUGCCGAUCCCGCGGGCUCCGCUCAACGCAAGGCGGUGGUUGACGUUAACAACAAGUCCAGCAAAGCUUCUGGCGAUGGCGGCGUGCGCGAACGGGGGGAAAACGACGAGGCGGCAGGAGCGGCGGCGGCGGCGGCCGCGACGACGCCGCCACUAGCAAUCACGCCCCGGGAGGCGCCUAGCGCCAACCCCUCCGCCGCCGACUCGUUCAAGAACAAGGAGAAGAUCCUUGUGCUCAGCAGCAGGGGCAUUACCUUCAGAUUCAGGCAUUUGAUGGAAGACGCUAUCCAAUUGUUGCCGCACGCGAAGAAGGACUCGAAGCUAGAUAACCGCGACAAGCGUGUGGCUCUGAACGAGUUGGCAGAUCUCAAAGAUUGCACCAGCAUUUUGUUUUUCGAGUGCCGGAAGAAGAAGGAUUUGUACACAUGGAUUUCAAAGACGCCCAAUGGGCCCACAGCGAAGUUUUACACCACAGCUGCCGUAAUGCCAAUGCCAUGUGUGUUUCUUGUGCAGGAGAGGGUGGUAGACAUGUGGAAGAGGGAAGUAUUCACCACUCCAAAAGAUCAUCGGAAAGUGAAACCAUUCUUCGACCAUGUCUUCUCCUUUACCGUACUCGAUAAUCACAUAUGGUUCCGAAACUAUCAGAUCUGUGCACCAAUCCUUCAUAACGGCAAGCUGGAAAGAGGAGCACUUGAGAAAAUGACUCUAGUAGAGGUUGGUCCGAGGUUUACUUGGAGUCCGGUGAAGAUCUUCAGCGGCAGUUUUUCAGGCUCAACUUUAUAUGAAAAUCCAGAUUACGUCAGUCCAAACAUGCUACGACGGCUGGCCAAGCAAAGAUCGAAGGGGAGAUACAUGGACAAGGUCAUUGCAAAGGAGAAGAGGAAAUUGCAUGUCAGCGAGAACCCAGCUCCGCCCAGAGAGCUGGCAGAUGUUUGGGCCGAGUAAUCAGGGACCACCAUCAUUCAACUGGAUGUCGUCCCUGCCGCCACUCGUGUUAUGGGGUAAUCCGUCUCCACCUCUUUUUCACCUUCUGUGGGUGUAGUAGCCUUGCUCUUUUACAGAACACUUGCCCGCCUAAAAGUUUCUGUGCUCCCUCUGCCAAGAUCUGUGUACACAACAAGCGGGAGUCUCAAUUGGGGAAAGAGCUCCAGAGGUACAGGCAGAGUAGGGUGAGUGGUAGGAAGAAUAGGUUCCGAGUUUCCGUGUCAUCUUUUUCUCCAUGUAACGAGUUUGAUUGGUCCUCUUACCUCAGAGGAUAGCUAACGUUGAGUUUCUGAUCGUAUUGAAAUUUUUGUUUUUUUCAAAGCGGUCAGAAUGUGAAGUUAUUGAGGCCACUUACGAG